AUGGACAUUUCGGAUAGAGUUAAGAGAGUGAGAUUUCUACUCCCAGCCACCAUACAUAUCAUCGGAGAAGUGACAUCGAGUUUAUUUGACUGCUUCGUCGAGGAUCUCAGGGCUGCCAUUCUCGAUGUCGAAUGGGAAAUAUGCUAUACAGAUGCCGCCAGCGACUUGCGAGAAGUCGUUUUGGAGAUAGAAUCUGAGAGACGCUUCGAGUCGUUUGUCCUGGACAUGAGAGCCGCCCUCGACUAUGAGCAAGAGAUAGAAUCCGAUCAGCGCUUCGACUGGUUUGUCCAAGACUUGACGGCCGCAGUUAACAACAUUCAUGAGCAGAUUUUGCGAGCAGCCGCCCGAAAGCGAGAAUCCCAAAGACGCUUCGAGAUGUUUGUCCAAAGCAUUGCGCGUGAGCGAGCGCUGUAUGAUCGAGAUGUACGCAUGCAAGAUGCGCCGCCAAGAGUGGUCUAUGGCAAAUGUAUACGGCAGACGCUGAUGAUUGAUUGCCACAGCAGUGCAGGAUGUGAGCGAGAGCUGUUCGACCGAGAUGUAUGCAUGCGAGAAGCACCGCCACUAGAGCAAUGCGGGCUACGGCCCACGCCGGGGCACGGGACACAAACCGAUCAAACAGUGUAG